AAUUAUUUGUGUAAACGUUUGCGAUCUUAUCAACUUUCAAGAUGGCUGCUAACCUUGUCCGAGCGAUGUCUCCUUUUCCAAGACAUCUCAAAGAACUCCGUCUUCAUCUUUGCCAGAGAUCAGCCGCUAGUCAGGGGGUGAGGGACUUUGUUGAGAACCACUAUGUUGACCUGAAGAAGCAGAACCCACAGUUCCCCAUCCUCAUCAGAGAAUGCAGUGGGGUGGAACCAAAAGUCUGGGCUAGAUACGAGUUUGGAAGAGAGCGGAACCUUCCCCUGUCCAACAUGACUUCUGACCAGGUAGCCAAAGCCCUGCAGAUGUUGGCAGAACAGAAGUAACAACAUCGAUGGAAUAACAACAAGCAGGAAAAAUUCAGAGCGUAUAAAAUGUACAAAACUUUCUUCUCACCUAUAAGUAUAACCUCAAAAACUUGAAUAGAGACAUUACGAAGGUUCAGUGAUAUUAUGUAGUGGCCAUAACAUUUAAGGAGGGUUUCAGUGUCUUUGGUUUUCCUUUGGGUAGCCAAACUCAUACCCUCACCCACCCCCGUCCAUAUUGUGGAAAGUUUUCAAAAUGCCCCCCACCCCACCCACAAAUGUUUACAUGAUUCAGACUAGCAGGUAAGAGCUCUUCUUAACUCUGUGUAUGGGUCAGUGCAUAAUCCAUAUGUCAAGGUGCCCAAAUAUUUGCAUUAAGGGAACAAAGGGAAAAGGGUGUCAGAGGUGGCAGAAGAUUGUACCUUUUGACGUGCAUAAAAUUUUAACAACUGUUCCUGAUAAUAUCACAACGUUCCCGUGGGAUUUUCUAGCUCAGAUUCGUAGCGUGACAAUGCGAGCUGACCCUUAAUGAAAGUGAUGAACUUUGUUCAUGAUAAACUGCAUCAGAUGUUAAAUGUCACCGAAACGUUAACAAUGGAGGCAGAGAGAGACUCAGUAGUCAUUGUUCUUCUACAAGACUUUGCUGCUUUAUUAUUUAGAAAAUAAAAGCACUGAACACCAUA